AGAGCGGAUAUACUUCUUCCUUUGUGUCGGCCUUGAGUUGAUGCCGUUUAGCUUCUACGGUCGACGCCAAAGAAGCAGUCCCAUUCAAUAGACACAUUAAUGGGGAAGAAAAGCCGCAUCGCAGGAGGAGCCGUGGGUCGAAGGACGAUUCUGCAACUUUCUCCACCUGGACAUCGCGGCGGAAAUUCCGGAGAGAGAGAAGAGGCGCCGUCGGGAUCUGAUGAUGAACAAGACGGUGAUGGGCACAGAUUUGUUAAACAGACGAGCAUGAAAGCGCCAACAGUAAAAGCCACAGAGGGUCUGUCGUUGCUCGGAGCCUACGAAGACAGCGAUGAAGAAGAUAGUGGAAGCCGUUCAGCUUCAAAUUCUCAACACAACCAGUCAGCAGACAUCGACAGUACCCUGGCCAAUUUCAUGGCUGAAAUUGAUGCCAUCACAACUCAGCCAGCUGCAGACGACACAGCGGCUCCUGCCUCCGUUUCCAAUGCCAACCCGCCUCGACCUGAGGUUAAAGCUCAGCAGCAAUCUUCGCUGGAUGGUCAUGAUCAACAAAGGACAGAGUUUGAGUACAAUACGCAGUACUCCCUAGCCGGAGUGGGUGUGGAGAUGGGAGACUGGCAGGAGGUUUGGGAUGAGAACUCUGGCUGCUAUUACUACUGGAACACUCUGACUAAUGAAGUGUCCUGGGAGCUGCCACACUAUUUAGCCGAUCAGGUGCAAAGUCUGGGACAUUAUGAAAACAGCACCAGUGUGAAUGGGAAUGGCACAGCUGGUGCAGGUUAUUACGCAGAAGAAAAUGCUGCUGCAGCAGCUUCAUCUGCUUCAAAAGAGACAAAAGCGAAGGAGAUUGUAGAGAGUGUUGUAGCUCUGACAAGUGAAGAGGAGGAGCGUCAGGGAGUGGCUGCCUCUCUCCUUGGUCCGCUGAUUCCUUCAGAGGUGAAAGAAGCAGAGGAAAAAUGGAGGAAAAAGCUGCUGAAGGGAUCAGAUGAGACUGAGAACAGUUUGGAUUCUGAUGGAGAAGCUUCUAAGCCUGUAGGAUCUCCCUCUAUACCCUUUCUGGAAUCUGACCCAAACCUUACAGUGCAGAAAGAUGUUCCUAUUAAGAAGUUGUCAGGAGACCAAUCGGAUGCCGAAGAAGAGGCAGAGGAGGACACGGUCGAACUGGAACUGGCUCUAGAAAGGAAAAAAGCAGAGCUUCGGGCACUCGAAGAGGGCGACGGGAGCGCAGGUGGCUCCAGUCCGAUGUCAGAGACCAGCCAAGAUGCUGCAGGAUCACGUGGGGCUCUGCUGAAGAAGAACCGCUGGAAGGCCGUCUUUCCAAGUGUUGCCAGCCCCGAUUCUAACAGCAGAGGCUCAGACUUCCUGGACAACGCAGAGACGACUCUGCCUAAAACCGAAAGUGUCGUAGAAGGAGAAGUAAAGGAAACGGACAAUUCAGAGGAGACGGGGGUUUCAAAACUUCCCAACAAGGACGAGGUAGAGACCCCUGAGCUAAAGUUUCAGAUUGGAGAGCUAGCAAAUACCCUAACUAGCAAGAUGGAGUUCCUGGGGAUAAACAAAAAGACCAUCUCAAACUUUCACCUGCUCCUGCUGCAAACCGAGACACGGAUUGCUGAUUGGAGGGAAGGUGCUCUGAACGGGGCCUAUCUUCGACGCAAGCUGCAGGAAGCUGCUGAACACAUAAAAUAUUAUGAACUUAACGCCACCCCUAAAGGCUGGUCCUGCCACUGGGACAGAGAGCACAGGCGGUAUUUCUAUGUGAGGGACCGGACUGGUGCCUCCCAGUGGGAGUUUCCAACGGAGGAGGACAAGACGGAGGACCCAGUGGACUCUCCAAGUACACAGAAUCUGAGCCAAGAAGAGACAAAAACAUCUGGACCAGCUGGUGGGGCUACAGAAUUCUCGUCUGCUGCUCCACCUCCGCCUCCUCAGCCCAGUUCGUCCUCCUUCUGGUCCCCGUCCCAGCCACCCCUUCCCAACAGCCCUCCUCCACCCUCCAACGACCCUCCUCCCCCUCCCCUCCCUCCAGAGUCACCCCCACCACCUCCCCCGCCCCCCGACAGCGAUGGAGAGAUCAUGGAGGUUGAGAUGGAUGUGGACGACGACAACGAAGAGGAGCCGCCUGCUCCUGGAACGGAGGAGGACGGCAGCGGGAGGUGUGGCUCUGUCAACAUGAAGAUCAUAGAGUCGGCUCCUUUUGGAAAGGGACUGAAACGGAAAGCUGGUCAGGGGAGUAAAACUGUUACCAUUGGCAGCAGUCCCAUUCUUUACACUCAGGCUCCUGUUCCUGCAGCACCUCUAAUGCCAGCAGCAGCCUACUGGGGUAUUCCGGCUGUGGCUGCCCCUCUGAUCCCCUGCGAACCUCCAGCCCCACCUGUACCAGUGCUACCUCCUCAGCCGCCGCUGCCUCCCUCCCAGCCACCUUUUGAACCUGCUGCAGCCAAACCUUUAGCUGCAGACAAGACCAAGAAAACAAAAAAGGAUAAGCCAAAGAAAAGCAAGACAAAGAUGCCUUCGCUGGUGAAAAAGUGGCAGAGCAUCCAAAAAGAGUUGGAUGAGGAAGAGAAGAGCAGCUCCAGUGACGAAGACAGAGAUCUGCUCAACAAGAAGAGCAUUGAGGAGUGGAAACAACAGCAGUUCGUGACGGGAAAAGCUUCGAAAAACGCCAACUUUGAGGCACUACCAGAGGACUGGCGGGACAGGUUGAAGAAAAGGAAGUUGAUGAACAGCACGUAACACCUGCCGAUUCCCACACGCUGCCCAGGCCGCGUUUGUAAAGCCGCUCCUACCUACACCAUAAGAACAUCCCUCUGAAGAGAUGCAGAUUUGUUUUACUAUCAGUGGAGUUUCUUAGCUGUCCUAUGUUCAUAUGAGACAUUUUGAAGCCCUUAUAUGGCAGGCCAUUCUCAUCAAGGGGGUUUGAAUGUCCUGUUUUUGUACGAGAUCUGUAAAUGUGCCAAACGUGCUGAGGUAAUAGGUUCUCCUUUUUAUAGCUCAGAUGUCCACCAGUUUGUUUGGAAGAAUUGUCUAUUUUAAAGUGUGUUUUUACAUGAGGAAGGAAGGAAUGGGCCAAAUUUGUGAGAUGGGGAGGGAUUGUCCCUGGUCUUGUAAAUUUUGUAAAAAGUUAUUAAAUUUUUUUUUUUUUUCAAAUC